AUGAGAAUAAGCAGGUCCAAGACAGAAUAUUUCACCACAGAUAUAGCUGACGGCCAACUAGCCACAUUAAAGCUAGGUGGAGAGAAAUUGAAAAGAGUUCGUACCUUUAAAUAUCUAGGAUCAAUGGUCGAUGAAACUGCCGGAAUGGAUAAGGAAGUUAAAUUCAGAAUUCAAAAUGGAUGGAAUAAUUGGGGAAAAGUGCCAGAAGUGUUGUGCGAUAGGAGAGUCCAAAUUAGACUCAAAGGGAAGGUGCCUAAGGCCGUAGUCAGACCAGCCUUAACAUACGGCCUAGAAGCAGCACCACUGAAGAAGUUAGAAGAAAAGAAGUUGGAAGUAACUGAGAUGAAGAUGUUGGAUGAUGGUUGGAGUCCAGGAAAUAGACAAGAAAGACUACAUCAGAGUGGAAGGGGUGAAAAUUUCCAAGAAGAUUCAGAGGCAAGACUAAAUGGUUCGGCCAUUUAA